AUGGCUCCAGCCAGCUCAGCCCCUCCACCACUUGCGCCCUCCGUCGAGGAGGCCUAUCGACGGAAAUGCAUCCAAUUGAAGCAGCGCACGAGCGAGGUCGAGGAGUCCAACGACGCAGCACGCCUGCGCCUCGCAAGGCUCAAACGUCAGGUCGAGAAGAUGAGGAUAGAACGCGCCUACCUGCUCGAGCAGCUGGCCAAGCGCACCAGCGCCAACGUCGAAGACUCUGACGGCAGCCCUAGCCCCCCGCCCACGCCCCAGGAGAAGCCGUUGCGCACCAAGAGGGGGCAUCGCAAGCCGUCGGUCCUCAACGAGCUGCAGACCAACAACGCUCCGGGCUCGACCUUUAUCAACCAGAACCUCACCACCCUCUCGCCGUCCUCGGAUGCCUUUUCUCAUACCCUCGCAGACACCCAGAGCCAAAGCCAGAAGGACGCAAAGGACUCCAAGGGCAGCGACAAAGACGGUGCGAAUGGCACAUCUGCGGCCAAGGAGCCUAGUGACGCCUUUGAGUUCUACUGCGCUGAGAUGCGCCCCGAGUUCAAGGAGAAGGCCGAGGACAAGGACGACGACGAGAAGAUCGAGGCCGAGCUUGCCAGGAGCUGGAAGGAUCUGUCCAAGGACGAGCAGGCAGUCUACGAGGAGCGCUUCGAGGAGGAGAAGGAGAAGCAGAAGAAAGCCAAGAAGGACGAGCCAGCCAGCCAGGAAGCCGCGGACCGGCGAGAGGGCGCAGAGCCAAGCCAGGCCGAGGACACUCCGCAACCCGCCACGCAGGACGAGGAUGUGGAGAUGGGCAACUACGACACGGAGCCAGAUGCCACUCCUAGCGGCGAUAAGCAGGCUGACUAG